UUCUGACAAAAAAUAACAAGAAAAAUCGUCAUGUAAUUCAAAAUUUAUUUAUUUUAUAAUUUUAACCUAAAUUUUAGUUUUGCGUAUUUUUGUGAAAUGAAUUGCGAGCGGGAGUCGUGCAGAUGAUUGCAAAUGGCGCGUAAUUUUCAGAAUGCGACAAUGAGAAAGGGGUAGAAGAUUCCCAAUUACAUCAUUCUCCUCUACUUUUCACCGUUAUAUUCCAUCGUUUUCUCGGCCAUUUUUUCUUUUCUAAUGCGCCGCUUUCAUUUUCCUCUACUUUCAGUGAGAUUUGCUCCGCCGACCUCUAUUUGUGGGUUUUUUUUUUCAGUAUAAAUAAGCAAACGUUUUCGAUUACUGUGUUUGACCUGAAAUUCUUUGAAUUCAAUUGCGUGUUGCUUUGCCACUUGAUCGGUUUAGCUUUCUUGUUCAUACCAGCAACAUUAGGGGUUUUCGACUUGAUCUAGUUAAGAUCGGCGUUUUGAUGCGAAAGGUUUUGAAGGAAGGAAGCAGAUAAAUUGAGGAAUCUAGAAAUCACGGGAAGACAAAUUUUGUCGGUAGAGCUUCUCCAAAUGGAGCCUAGACAGUGUAGAGUUAGUGUUCUUGAAGCAUUGAUGGGCUUUGAUGAGCAGCAAUCUUACCACCAUGCUCCAAGGCAUUCUAGAGUCCUUUCUGAUGGUUAUUUACAAAGGGUUGCUUCGGUUCAAAUCCCGAAGAAGAAGAAAUCGUCCUCGAGAUCUCAUUCAUUUAGGAUGACAGCAGAAGAGCCAACAGAACGCGUUAGUUCUCUCAAAGUAGAAAAUAAGUUUAGUUGCUGGGAUGAGUUAUGGGAACAGGAGAAGGCAGCAUAUAUGCCACUUACAAGACACAACACCAUGAAUGAAGAACUCUUUUCGAUAACUAAGGCGAUAAAGACUUCGAACGGCAUUCAAGAUUUACCGAUAAAGAAUUAUGUAUUCAACCAGGCUGAAAAUGGGCCGAGUGUGCCGAGUGUGCCGAAGUCUUAUAACGGCACGAGAUUGAAGGACAGGAAACAAGGACGGUCGCACUCGGGAGAUAAACUAUGCUUUUCUUCCUCUUCAGCAACUUCUUUGAAAGGUUCACAUUUAGUUAAUGAUAAAUGCAAAGAUUGUCAUGAUUCUCGAAACGAAAAGCAUAUUGCUGAAGAAGAAAAAAACGAUUUCCUGAAGCAUGUUUGUUCGAAUAAGGAACAUUUGCAUUCUGGUAGUCCCUUGUGCUUGAGCUUGAAUGAUAAAAGACUAGAUCAACUCAGUAAAAUCUCCCACAGAUUGAGAUUUGGUUCUGCUUCGACGGUGACUGCAAGAUCUAGAACAAGGUGUCGAUACGAGGCCCUUCGAAAUACAUGGUUCUUAAAGCCUGAAGGUCGUGAUUCUUGGCUACGAUGCAAUCCAUCGAGUAGACGUUCCAAUAAAAAGAAUGCUUCAGAACCCACCUUGAAAUUAAGCUCUGAGGAGUUGAGGAUUCUUCCUUGCCCUGAUUCAGCAAGUGAUCAUGUUGACAAUGAUGGCUGUAUGAAUGGUGCUGAUCAGAAGACCAUAGUUGAGAAGAACAACCUUUGUGAUUAUCAAGAAGGUUUGGAGGAGGCUUAUCAACCUAGCCCAGUUUCAGUCCUUGAACCACUUUUUCGAGAAGAAACGUUAUCCAGUUCGGAAUCCUCGGGCGUCAACGGUAGAGAUUUGAUGAAGCAUCUUGAACUUCUGACAUCGGACACCUCGGAGACUAACACAGAAGGGUAUGAUUUGUUCGUAUCAAGUGACGAUGAUGACGUGGGACAAGGAUCUAUAUGCAGUUCUGAUGAAAUUGAUAACAUAACAAGCACGUUCAAAUUCAAAGAUAGUAGAGAAUUUUCAUACCUAGUCGAUGUCUUAAGCGAGGCAGGCUUCAACCUGGAGAAGGGUUAUGUUUCAUGGCACGGCGAGGAACGUCACGUGAUUAGCCCCUCAGUGUUCGAGACGUUAGAGAAGAAGUUUGGGGAACAAAUUUGUUGGAGGAGAUCAGAAAGAGAGCUUCUUUUUGACAGAAUAAAUUCUGGGUUAGUAGAACUGUUUGAGUCAUUUGUUGGUGUGCCAGAAUGGGCAAAGCCUGUAUCGAGAAGGUUUCGGUUUCGAUCGUUGCUUAGCGACGAAAUGAUCGAGGAGGAAUUAUGGAUCCUGCUGGAUAGGCAAGAAAGGGAAGUGAAGAAGGAUUUAGUAGAUGAAGAGUUUGGGAAGGAGAUUGGAUGGAUGGAUCUUGGAGGUGAGAUUGAUAGUAUAUGUAGAGAAGUAGAGAGAUUCUUGGUGAAUGAGCUUGUUGCAGAGUUUGGUAGCAUUUAAAUAUUUUGAUUUUUUCUUUUUCUUUUUUCUUUUUCUUUAGAAAAAGAGAUAUAUUUGUGUAUAGGGAACAGUUUUGAUCCAGUUGAAGUGUUUGAAGAGGAUGUAUUCUUUUUAUUCAUGAGUGGAACGAGAGUGACACAUUAUAUUAUUACUUUUA